GAAGAUAAUAUACGUUGCUUAAAUAUGCUUGGCCAUUUUGGUUUCGAUUGUUUGGCUCAUCAGCUGGUGGACAGAUCUGUUCAGCAAGGAUUCGUUUUUAAUAUUCUUUGUGUGGGGGAAACUGGAAUUGGAAAAUCAACCUUGAUUGACACACUGUUCAACACUAAUUUGAAAGACAAAAAAUCUUCACAUUUUUACUCAAGUGUUGGACUUAAAAUUCAGACAUAUGAACUCCAGGAAAACAAUGUUCAGUUGAAAUUAACUGUUGUGAAAACAGUGGGCUAUGGUGAUCAAAUAAACAAGGAAGCCAGCUACCAGCCAAUUGUUGACUACCUAGAUGCUCAGUUUGAGUCCUAUCUUCAAGAAGAAUUGAAAAUUAAACGUUCCUUAGGUGACUACCAUGAUUCCCGCGUCCAUGUGUGCCUUUACUUCAUUUCACCUACAGGACAUUCUCUGAAGUCUCUUGAUAUAUUAACCAUGAAGAACAUUGACAGCAAGGUGAACAUUAUACCAGUGAUUGCCAAAGCAGAUGCAAUUUCUAAAAGUGAUUUACAGACAUUUAAGUGUAAGAUAAUGAAUGAACUGAUUAGUAAUGGCAUCCAGAUAUAUCAGUUCCAAACAGAUGAUGAAACUGGCACUCACAUGAACUCCUCGAUGAAUAGCCUCUUACCUUUUGCUGUGGUAGGAAGUACGGAUGAAGUGAAAGUUGGAAAAAGGACAGUCAGAGGACGUCAGUACCCCUGGGGAAUUUUACAAGUGGAAAAUGAAAACCACUGUGACUUUGUUAAGCUCCGGGAUACCCUUCUUUGUACAAAUAUGGAAGACUUGAAAGAACAGACUCACACUUGGCACUAUGAACGUUACAGGCGCAACAGACUUCACGUAAUGGGAUUUACUGAUAUGGGUCCAAAUAACCAGCCAGUUAGUUUUCAAGAGAUCUAUGAAGCCAAAAGGCAGGAGCUCUUGGAGCAAUGUCAGAGGGAAGAAGAAGAGCUGAAACAGAAGUUUAUGCAGCGAGUAAAGGAGAAAGAAACAGCAUUUAAAGAAGCUGAAAAAGAGCUACAGGACAAGUUUGAACAUCUUAAGAAGAUGCAACAAGAGGAGACAAUGAGACUUGAAGAGGAGAGGAGACAAUUGGAAGAAGAAAUCCUAGCAUUUUAUAAAAUGAAGGCCUCCUCUGGAACCUUGCAGAGUCAGGUGUGUACCAGUAUAAAGAAGGACAAAGAGCGUAAGAAAUAA